AUGCCUGUUGAGAGAAAAUGUUUAAGCAAAAAUAGAAGUGGCAGCGGUAUUAGUAACACAAGUCACGCAGGUCGACCCUCGGAGCCUGUACCCUGGACCAGCGAACAAUUUGUUUUAAGAUAUUCUGGACACAGAUAUUACUGUCUCGCUCGACUCGUGUUCUUCACUAGCCGGCGGGGCGAGGGGGCUGCGGGGCGGCCGCCGGGGGGGGGGGACUGCCAUGCGCUACAAGGUCAGGGGCCCCGACGCACGCGCAUUUUAGCAGAAUCCGGCGUGCAAAGCGCCUCACUCGGCUAUGGACCGAAAAUGGUUGUUUGGGAGAUGAUUUUAGAAUAUUAA